GGCAGCACAUAGCUGUGACGCACACACCCCGCGUGAAGGGGAGGGGAGGUGCUUUAAAGCCUCUUUGCUCCUCUUCCUCCUUCACAGACAUCGCUCUGUCAGCCCGGGUGGUGGUUGUGUCUGUGUGUGGGUGUAAAUAUAUUUCGCAACCGGCCGCGGUGUCUCUUCUCCUCUCAGCCGGUCACAAUGGCAGCGGUCAGGACUCUCAGGAAACUGUGCCAACACUCCCAGCAUCAAGUUUGUAAACUGCACACGUCCGCCUCGAGGCAUGAAGCAGUGGUCAUCUCAGGAAAGAAACUAGCACGGCAGAUUCGGGAGGAGGCCCGGGCCGACGUGGAGAAAUGGGUUUCAGCUGGCCACAGAAGACCCCAUCUGAGUGUGAUUCUUGUUGGAGAAAACCCAGCCAGUCACUCGUACGUCCUGAAUAAGACACGAGCUGCAGCUGAUGUUGGAAUCUCUAGUGAGACGAUUCUCAAGCAUUCAGACAUCAGCGAGGAGGAAUUGUUGGACCUGAUCUUCAAACUCAACACAGACCCCCGUGUGGAUGGCCUGUUGGUGCAGCUGCCUCUGCCAGAACACAUUGACGAGCGCACUGUCUGUAAUGCAGUUUCCCCUACCAAGGACGUGGACGGCUUCCAUGUAGUUAAUGUGGGUCGCAUGUGCUUGGAUCAGUCCACCAUGCUGCCUGCCACUCCCUGGGGAGUCUGGGAAAUGAUCAAACGCACAGGUAUUCCUACUCUUGGGAAGAACGUUGUGGUGGCAGGACGCUCCAAGAAUGUGGGGAUGCCCAUCGCCAUGUUGCUGCAUACAGACGGCCGUCAUGAGAGACCCGGAGUUGUGCCAGUUAUGGACCGCAGCAGAUCUCCCGACAGAGCCGGCAGACUGAAAAAACACGAGAAGAAGAAGAAACGGAGACGUUCCUCCUCUUCUUCAUCGUCGUCCUCCUCAUCCAGCAGCAGGAGCAGAUCAUCAAAGAAAGCAGCACAUAAAAAUGUGAAAACACAAAGAAAGAAGCGCAGAAGAAGCUCCUCUUCUUCCUCCUCAUCAUCCACCUCUUCUUCCUCUUCUUCCUCCUCCUCUUCUUCAUCCUCGUCGGGCGAUGAAACCACAAAGAGGAAGAAAAGUAAAACGAAGAAAAAGAAGCUGAGUAAGAAGAAGAAGGCGAAGCUGAAGAAACGGCGGAAGAAGGAGAAAAAGAAGAAGGAGAAGAAGAUGAAGAAGGAGAAGAAGAAGGCGGAGGUGUUGCUGCCCGCUCCUCCUGCAGAGAAACCUUCAUCUCACCUGGAGGUGUGGCAGAGUGAUGAAGGAGCAGUGGAGCUCGGACCUGUCAUGACUGAUGAGCAGAAGGCCCGACUCUCCACUAAGAGGCCUCUCACCAAAGAGGAGUACGAGGCCAGACAGAGUGUAAUCCGCAAGGUGGUGGACCCUGAAACAGGACGCACCAGACUGGUGAGAGGAGAGGGGGAGAUCAUUGAGGAGAUAGUCAGCCGGGAAAAACACAAAGACAUCAACAAGCAAGCCACAAAGGGAGACGGGAACGCCUUCCAGAGAAAACUUGGACUCAACAGAUAAGAAGCCGCAGUGAUCUUCUCCAGGAGGACAUUUUCAUAAACUGAAACUACCAUCUCAAGAAGAAGCUGCCCAGACUGCUGAAACAUGACAUUAAACGAAGCCAUUUGAAAAUAUUUGCCAAAAUGCAUAUUUUACUAUGCAUUUUAUAUUUAAGAUUCUGUUGCCUGUGAUUGAACUGUACAGCAGAGAAAGUACAAAAUAACAGGCACAUUUACUCUUGAUGUACACAAAUGAGUCGAAUCUAGGUGAAAGCCAUUAUCUCCUGUUUGUUUGCCUUGUUGAAUCUAUGUUAAUCACAUAGAGGAGACACAAAGAGAAGCAGAUGAGUCAGUGGAGGAUUUGAAUGUUUUGAGUUAAUUGAGAUCUUUGUAAAGGAGCAGCGACUCAACGUGCUCAUCUGGUGUAUCUUUACUCUUCAUUCAUGCAUAUUUAUUUUGUUCAGAUGAUGUCUGAUAUUCUGACUGUGAACAGCGUGAACAUUCAAACAGUUUCUUCAUUUGAAACCAGCUAAUUUUGCAUAACGUCUACUUGGUAUGAUAAGCUGAUUUAAGUGUUCGGUAUCCUGUCUGACACUGCAAACAUUCUUUUUGUAAUAUUCUGGCUACGUACUUCACACCCACUCGUAGACGUCUUCUCACCUUUACAUCACACUUUCUGUUUCUGUUAAAUCUGAAUUUGUAUGAACUGAACCCAGAAAAAUAAAUCUGUUGUGUUAAAUGCAAUGAA